CAACGAUCUCACCAUUUACGAUAUUUCGCUCAACCUAAGAAGGUUGUAUCUGUUCGACUAUGUCUCCUAUUCCUGUUUUAACGGCUCUAUUUUGCCUCUGUAUUGGUGUACAAGGACAUGUUCCAGUCGUCUCGUGGUCAAAUACAAACAUACUAUCACAGGUACCCCCUAUUGCCGCUGGUCAUACAGUUUCUUUGCCCAGUCUUGAGCAAGAAUAUCUUGAUGUGAUUCUACACAGUGCACCACAAAACAUUGUGUUAUUUGUACAAGACAAGUUAAGUAUUGAAGACUUCACACUGUAUGGUGAUGUUUAUAACAAGGACAGCAAUAAGAAUACAUUCCAACAUCUCAAGCAAUCUUUAGAAUCCGCGACCUCGUCAUUCACCUUGCCCUCUGUGAAUAUCGGCAGCGAUAGAGAUAAUAUGAUGGAAUACCUGGAGUCUCAUAUCGAUGGUAAAAUAGUUGACUUAGAGUCAACCACUUUGAAAGAUGUUACCUUAGAUAAGGAAAAAUUCAACUUGAUUAUCAGACGCCUGCCGCAAUAUAGCAGCAAUGAUAAAUCAGUGAAGGAUAGUUUAUCCGAGUCUGACCGAAUAAUAGGUGAAAUGAUGACGGAACUAUCCACUCAAGGUCUACCUUAUACUGCUUUGUUAACGGCAAAUAAACCCUCUAAGAUGAUUGCUGCAGAGAAUCUAAAUCUGGCUCAUCGUCUUCGUCGUGAAGUAGGAGCAGAGAAGCAUAAUUUCACGUUCAUCAACACUACCUGUGUCUAUUUCUACGCCGCCAGUAUGGUGUUCAAGAUAAAUGACACUGCUAAGAAAAUACAUGCUUCGAUUGAUCUAACUGGUAUAGAACCAGAUAGCUACACAUCAGAUUGUGCAGAGACCAAUCGAUCAUUACUGAUUACUUACACAGACAUUGAAGAUACGCUGACUCUAGAUAUCAACAUGUACAUGAACAACGACCGUGGUAUGUGGACGACAAAUCUGUAUCAGAUACGUUACACCUAUACAAAUCAAUCUCACCUGGCGGAUAGAACAGAAGUGUUAAAAUCGGCCUAUAUCACAGCACCUAUGGGCAGAUCCUACCACUGUGAUAAUCCACCAGAGCCGACAUCUGACAGUAACCUCACUGGUUUUAUUGACUAUAUCAGUUUUCAGUUUCAACCAUUUAAUGUUACCAGUGAUGGGUUCUCUAUAGCAGAUGAUUGCAUUGGAAUCUUCACCCCAGAGGUCUGGAUGAGUCUUAUGACAGUCUUGCUGAUGGUGCUCAUAUUAGCAUUUGGCUUGGUGUUGUUGCUGAGUCUCAGUACCAUGGAUAGGUUUGAUGAUCCCAAGGGAAAACCUUUAACAAUCACUACAGACGACUAAAUUCCAAAUAAGCCAUAACCUAUUUGCUCUGUUAGAAGUGCUUAUGGAAUUUAUGGAAAUUAGCAUACAGGAUAGUCAAAAUAAUGCAUAUUUCAAUGAUCUAGCAUACAAUACAUGCAAUUACUAGUUUAUGUGUAUUUCUAAUAAAGCAAAUACUGUAUUGUAGAUUAAAUUUAGUUUGUGGUUUUCAACCAGUUAGAAAUUGAGAAGUGUAGGAUAAAGCGUGUGCGAGGACUUUUCUGGGAUAUAAUAUCUGACCAAGAUCAUAUAUCCGCCUUAUGAUUUCAUCAUGGGAAGGGCGUUAUAUCCCUGAAGAGACCAAGUAUUAGGAUGUUAUCUAUCCUAAAAUCUACUUCCCCCUCCGAACCAUAUAUAAUCAUCAUGUUGUGGAUAGUAUUGUAUUUUUGAAAAAAUUCAGGAAGUCAAUAAUCUUGCUUGAUCUUGAAAUAUGCUAUUAGUCUGCAUAUUGCAAAAUAAUCAUUCUCCUAGGGUGUCAAUAAUCUUGCCUGAUCUUAAAAUAUGCUACGAGUCUGCAUAUUGCAAAAUAAUCAUCCCCCUAGGGUGUCUGCUAUGCACCAAUUUAAUGUCUAUUCAGGGUUUAAAGUUGUAUUCCAAUUUUGUAAAUAUUUGAAUCAACACUCCCAGAACUGAAAACAUGAAAUGUGUUAAAAUGAUGCUUUUUUUGCUAAAACAAAUAUGACUUAUUAAAAAUAGAGCCUCUGUCCUUGCUUCCCUGCUCAUUUUAUUCUGAGAGUGCUGGAGGGUAUUGUUCAUUUAAUUGACAAUAAUCCUCGAAAACCCUACUGAAGAAAUAUAAUUUGCUACUAACUGUAAAUUGUGUCAGUUCACAUUAGCUUUGAGAAUGUGAAAGUCUUCUUGAAUAACCUUUUAUUUACCUGUGUUAUUUUGUAAAACUGUUUUGUAAAUCAGUUUGCAUACUAGUAUAAAAAAAAUGUAGCAUCUCCUCUAUAUACUGUAGGAACAUCAUGACAAAAAAUAUUGUUUUUUUAUUGGACGCAAUAACACUUUAAAAAUUAAUAUUAUAUUUAAUCAGAUUACAUGCAAUCUUUAGUGUUUUCAGUUUACUAUUUCUCUUUACAUCAUGUUUAGCUCCUGUGUGUGCAAAGCACACAAGGGAGAUAAUGAGUCUGUCCGUCUUGGUGAACAAAAUCUCAAAAUGGAAUUUAAUCACAUUUACUACAUAGUUACUUUGGGGUAAUACACAAACAUUAGAUAUAUUAGAUAUGUAUAUUAAUUAUCUCAUCUUGGCCUGUGCAAGUAAAAUCUCAAAAACUUCAGAAUGGAUUUUUUCAUUUUGCUGCUGAACAUCUGUUGGCUGAUGAUACUAACCUCUAAUGCCAUUGCUCCUUCACCGACUGUUGGGAAUUUUCAUUUCUUAGAAUUUUUUUUUUUUAAAUCAACAAUGAGUAUUCACGCAGGAGCUUUGCAGAAUUUUGAUUUAAAAUGAAUUACUUGUAGUAACUUAUUACAAAUGUACAUUGCACCAUACUAAAUUCCAGCUAUUAUCUAGAGAAAACACACAACUGUAAUAAUUGCUACAUUCUGAUAUAUCAACGCAAGUUACUGUAAUUAUCAGUUUUAAUUAUAAAAAUGUCAAUUUAAAGAAAAAUCCAUUAAAUUGAUUGGUGCCUUUCCACUGUCUUUUAUUAUUAGACCAUGUGCCCAUGAUACAAUUGGUGCCUUCUGCAGGUGGCAUUUUUACGUCUAUUAAAUUGAUACAUGCUCAUCAAAACUUGGUGCAUGUUGUACACCCACAAGGACCUGUGUGAUCUUGGGCACUCUACUGAAAUGGCAUACAUUGGCUCCAACAAAGCCAUAAUUUAAACUCAAACGUGUAUUCGCUUAGACAACUAUUAAUACUGUAUCUUUCUAAUUCUUUAGUACUUUACACAACAUGAAGGCUUACAUUAAAUUUGUUACAGGCAUGGCAGUAGUUGUCCGAGAUAAAACUUAUUUUCCAAUGAGCUCUAUUUGAAUUUGUAGCUAGUUUGAUUCAUGAUAGUAUGAUUUGUGUAGCAGUCAGAGAUUGGGUGUUUAUCAAAGUCAACUUGUCUAUAUUGUUACUGUGUAUCAAUCUACAUAUGAAUAAUGUAAUAAAUUACUGUUUGUAAAACUGUCAA